AAUAAUUCGUUUUUCUUUUCAACGCUCUAUUAUCAAGAUGUUCGCCAGACUUAGUUAGACGUACUAAAUCAAUUUUUUUCCUUGUAAUUCCUUAAGAUGGACUAAACCCAUAAAUGAAACAAGACAGAAAAAAAAAACUUCCUUAAAGUCGCACACCUCGUUACUUUGCUUCGUCUUAUAUCGAUCUCCCAUGCAAGCAUCGUGAGAUCAGUCGCAUGACAUGCUAGAUUCUUUUUUUGGUCUCCGUCAUCAAAUCCACUCCAUUCCAAACGUCACGGCCUCACAGGAGCGCUACGAUCAACAACUGCACACAAGACACGCGGUUUCUCGAAUUCUUACCAGCCCUAAAAAAUAAGAACAAACCGAUUCUUGACAAAUUACCAUUUAUUCAUUUUUGAUUCCUCUCAAUAUCAUUGAACAUAAACAACAUUUUGAUGUAUAUCUCUUGAAGCAACGCAUCAUCGGGCGGCAGCAAAUCAAAACGGCUUUGAUCUUUGCAUAUCCUGCUGUUGUUUUUUCUGGGACGUUUACUUCCUUUUCAUGGUUUAAGGAACACGGCGAUUCGUGCAUGUCUUGUAACAGCUUUUGUCACCAUAUCUUGUUUGAAAACCGAUCUGAGUCAUCAUUUCUGUCACUGUUCUUGUUCGGCAAUGCCGUAGCUUGCAAGAUGAAUGGACUGCAAAAGAUUAAGUAUGGGGGAAAAACGAUUUGUUGUUAUGUCAUCUAGUUAGCUAGGUCUACACAUUACUCAAUCAGUCAGAAGUUAGCUGCGGGUUGGAGGUACGUAGUUUAUACAAAACACAAGGUAGCUUGUUUAAAAUGAACCGUGUUAAUAUCAGGGAUCGUGAGGAUUCAAACACGAGACCUUUUACACUCAAAAGUCUUGAUGUCAUGACAAAGAUCGGUUUGUCCAUAUUCAUCCCAGAUAAAUCAAAUUAUCAGGAGAGAAUGCUUGUAAUUGGUCUUAUGUGAUUGUCUUACGUAACUAAUCACCUCGAAUUUUGCCGUUUGUACGAUUCACCUUAAAGUUAAAUAUUCAUUAACCCUUUUGAGUUUUGAUAGGUACAUUUGUGUCCUUUUUCUUUUGUCAUCAUGUUAGAGUUAUGGAUUUAUCUCCCAGCCCAAAAAUAGGCCCAUAUACAACAACCCAAGAGAAAAAUCUCGGCCCACACGAAAGUCUUCUCCCUAAACCAGUAAACCCUCGAUUUGAGUAAUAACAACUCCAAGCCACUCCUUCACUUCCUAGUUCCUUCUUCUCCCCAUUAUCGGCUGCGCUUCCGUCCACAAACCCUAGAUUUCGCCGCUUCUCCGCCGCGCCUCCAACCAUGAAGUACAAUCCGAGAGUCUCUUCCUCCCGGCGCAAGAACCGGAAGGCUCACUUCACGGCGCCGUCCUCGGUCCGCCGGAUCCUGAUGAGCGCCCCUCUCUCCACGGACCUCCGCCAGAAGUACUCCGCCAGGUCGAUGCCGGUGCGCAAGGACGACGAGGUCCAGGUGGUGCGAGGCACCUACAAGGGGCGGGAAGGGAAAGUCGUGCAGGUGUACCGCAAGAAGUGGGUGAUCCACAUCGAGCGCAUCACCAGGGAGAAGGUGAACGGGUCGACGGUGAACGUCGGGGUCCAUCCUUCGAAGGUCGUGAUCACCAAGCUGAAGCUCGACAAGGACAGGAAGUCGCUGCUGGACCGCAAGGCGAAGGGGCGCGCCGCCGCGGAUAAGGACAAGGGGACCAAGUUCACCGCCGAUGAUAUCAUGCAGAAUGUCGAUUGAUCUCCUCUUGUGGUGACGUCUUUUUUUGAUUCAGCUCUAUGUUUUUAAUGCUAUGGAUGAUGGAAGUUUUUUCAGUAGCUGGUAGCUAUGUUGGUUUGGAUGACACUGAGGAUUUUGUUGCUUGUUGAGAUGAUUAAGAUUAUAAGCUUUUUGGAAUUUCUGGUAUCAGGGUGUUCUGGGAUGCUUUGAUUCUGCUCAUUAGUUAGCUCGAUUUGGUGUUUGGGAUUUCUUUGGUAAUUGUUGACUGCCACAUACAGAGUAAUCAGUAAUGUAGCUUCGAAUUGGAGUGGGUAUAUUGGUGGAUGUGCUUAGAUCUGCCUGUUGGCAGAAGGGUUAGGUUCUAAAAGCCAUGGGAACAAGUUAACUAGCUAAUAGAAUCCGAGUAUUAGCUUUGUUCUGACGGGGCGGUGAUGAAUCAUAAGAGAGGAAAGAUUUCUGGUUUGAUUCUGCUCAUUAGUUAGCUUGGUUUUGUGUUUGCGUUUGCGAUUUCCUUGGUGGUUGUUAACUUCUGCAUACAGAGUAAUGUAGCUCUGAAUCGGAGUAUGGUUUGUUGGUGGAUGAGCUUAGCUCUGCCUAUAGGCAGAAGGGUUGGGUUCUAAAAAGCCACAGUAAUAAGUCAGCUAGUUAAUAGAAUCUGAGUAGUAGCUUGGUUCUGCCGGAUGGUGAUGAAUCCUGAGAGGGUAAGCAUCUCUGUUGUCAUAGCUAUGAUGUGUGAUCUCCUCCUGGAUUAAGAAGUUGAUCCUUUGGAGCGAGCGUGGAGGUGUCACUGGUCUGAUGUCGUAUUGUCUGCAUUGAUCUUUACUGUCGAGAUGAAGCUUACAGGUUUUGUGGAUCUUGUUGUUAUCUUGUGUCUUGUUGCUUGCUUGCUUGGGCUAUGCUCAUUUCUAUAGCAUUAUCGUGUUUAUGCUAUAAAAUGGUAUAUGUGUG